AUGGACUGCAUCUUUUGUGAUUUGACCAAGUCCUCCAAGUACCCUCGCAAUCCCAUAACCUGUGGUGGUAACAAGGAGUGCUUCAUGGACAAAGGUAAGGUCCCCAGCCUCAGCCCUGUCCUCAACAAAGGCACCAUGAAAAUCAGUUCAUAUGGUCGCCUUGAAGAGCCUAUCAUCUAUCAGGGUGUCACCUACAGCCUCACCUCCACCUACAACUAUGGUAAACUGUGUAACAGGGCCCCCACCCCCAUAGUCAGCCUGAAGGCAGGGACCACCUGCCUGGCACUGCAUGUGCUGCUGCUGUUUCAGCCUGGGACUGGUCUCAGGGCUCCCCUGCUCCUUGUGCCUCCUGCCCCUCCCCCUUCCCUUUCCCUCUUAAAUGGUCAGAAGCCCUAG